UUCAAAGUCAACAUGUCAAAAUCUCUUCACCACAAAGUUCAUCGCUAUUGGCUGCCUCGUUGACCGAGGAACCACAGCAUCUGCCUAAAUUCGCAACAGGAACUGAGGGCCCAGCUCUGAACAAGCGACGGUUUACUCAGGCUUCUUGUUAAUUGCCUGGUGACUCAGUCAGGGGCACUUUCGCUCGGGUCUGAAGGUGCCUGGACCCCCUCAUCUCCAUUUCUCAAACUCGCAGCCGACUCUCCCCGAGGAGGAAGGGUUGCUAAGAGGCCUGGACAGAGGCGAAGCAGCGAUGCAAGUCGCUGGGACAAAGUCGGAAAUGCGGCUGGAAGGUCUCAGGAAAGGAAGACUUGCAUUUCUUUAGUGCCUAACCCGGCCUCGGAGCGUCCCUCUUGACAGCCAAUGGAACUCUUCUGACAUGUAGUCACAAAGUCCUCGUGGACACAUCAGGAACUCAAGGGCAGAUAAGAAUCCAGGGCUCAGCUCUCCUCCGGAUCAUCCGAGAUCCCCUUCGAGGCUUUUCCCCGUGGGCAGAGUUGCCGGCAAUGGAGGCCAAGUUCAGUUGGCCCUUCCGAGGGAUCAAGUCGGCUUCCUCGGAGCCCAAGGUCACGUCGGGGUCAGGCCCGGCGAAAUCGGCCGAGGCUUGCGAAGCCACGGUGCCCCGGGGCAAGACGGGCGGUCCAGUCCAGGAGGAGGAAGGGCGGAAGCCUCGGGGCUUGUCCAUGUUCUCCGGAAAGUCCGGCUCUGGCCGGGGUCACCGCCGCUCCUCCUCCAGCCUGGGCGCCGCCCAGUUCUGGAAAGCCGCGGAGGGUGAGGGGAAGAGGCGGGAGGAGGGCGAGGCAGGGCCCGGCGCCCUGGGGGGCAUCAGGAGGAGGUGCGGGAGCCUGGCAGUCCCCGAGCCGGGUGCCAGGGAGAGCGGCGGGCAGAGGUCGCGCUCCGCAUCGACGGGCGCGGCCCACGAGCGAUCCCCGUGGUCGGUCCUGCAGAAGAUCCACUCGUUCGAGCGCAUCGUGAGGCAGAGGUGCUCCCGGAGAGGCAGCCGGCGGGAGGUUGGGCCAGGCGAAUCCGGGGAGACGCCCGGGCCCCAAGUCUGGACGGACCCGGAGACGGUCAAGCAGACCCCGCCGGCCAGGCCGGGCGGCCAACCUGCUCCAUCUUCAGCCGAAGAGGACCCGACGGGGGAAGACCCCCCGGGGCCAGAGGUCGCCGGUGCCAAAAUGGCACAUGGUGGCAGCGGUGCGGGGUCUGGUCAACACCUCCCUUCACCGCUCGGCCAGACCCCAGAGGCUGAGGCUGGGGGGGAGGCCGCAAAGGAGGAGGGGAUCCUUGGACAGACCCGAGCGAUGGAACUGACCGGCACUUCCAGCCUGCUCAAUAGCUGGUCUGAAUUGGACAACCCGUUGGACAAGAUCACUCUCUCCCCUUGCAUCAAAUCCGACGACGAGUGCUCACUGUCCGAUGAGUCAGUGGUGACCACGCAGAGUGACAUGUGCCAACUGGACAAGAGUUACUCCAUAAGCCUGGCAGAGCUCCGAGACUGUGGCACGGACUGCAGAGACGACGUUUGUAAAGCCGAUCGACUGACCCACUCUGCCUCCCUCAAUUCCAACAUGUCUUUCAUGUCUGUCGUCUCGCUGAUCCCGAAUGACGAACUGGACAGACUGUUGGCGGAGGUCAAAUGUCUGGAUGAGGAAACAGUUCAGCGUGUGGAGGAUGUCCAAGUCGUGGUGCUACACAAGGAGGAGGGAGCAGGACUAGGCUUCAGCAUCGCUGGGGGAGUGGACCAUGAGAACAAGAUGGUCACUGCCCACAAAGUGUUCCCCAACGGGCUCGCUGCUCAGGAGGGAACCAUUAAGCAGGGGGACGAGAUCCUUUCCAUCAACGGGAAUUCUCUGAAAGGCGUCACCCACAGUGAGGCCCUGUCCUUGCUGCACAAGGCCAGGCCUCCGAGACAGGCCAUAGUGGUCAUCCGGAAGGUGGCUGAAGUGGAGAAGGCUGCCUUGUGGAAGGGGAGCCUGUCUGACCAGAGGCCCCAUGGCAGCGUGGACCUCAAUGCAGUGCCAGAGGGUUCAGGAGAGCUUGUCUCAGUGGAGCUGGUGACGACAGGGACAGGACUGGGCUUCAGUCUGGAUGGAGGAAGGAGUUCAAGUCAAGGGGACCGACCGCUUACCAUCAAGAAGGUUUUCCAAGGCGGCUCCGCAGACCAAACGGGUUUGAUCCGACCCGGGGACCAACUGGUGCAGGUUGGCGAGGAAGACUGCCGCAGCCUGACCUGCUACGAGGCCUGGAAUCUGAUCAAGGCCCUUCCCCCGGGCCCCCUGAGGGUGGUGAUCUUGAAAGCCCACCGAAGGGAAAAGGAGCAGCAGACAUAAAG